GUUUUCGACGGCGAAUGUGAUUUUGGGCGUCAGAGAUGUCAUUUUUCUACAACGAGGGCGCUGUGCUCUGUAGAUCUAUAUCGUCAGGAUCUUACCUGAGCAGUUUUCUCCAAAACACCCUCAAGAGUAACCAGGUAGAGAUUAACACCGACAGUCGCACUUUGCGGCCCGUAGCUAAGCUCAGAGAACCAAGAGAUUUGUUUGCCCUCCCCAAGGAACUCGACUGUCCACAACAAGCAGCUCGUUGGCCCGCUGAGUGUCAGGUACUUGAGGAACGAAUCACCCAUAUUGAGGUGAUGCCUCCAUGCCCCGAGCAGUAUUAUCAGCCGACAGGUCGAGAGAUUCAGCCCAAACCUGUCGGGGAGGAGGCUGGCACCAUUGUCUUCCAGUACUACCCUAUGAGCGCUGUCAAUUAUUUUAGUCGGUCCAGUGUAGGGGGCAGCAGGUUCUUCCUUCCUUCUAACUCAGAUAGGGAAGAUGACCUGAGAUUUGAGUCGAGGUUUGAGUCUGGUAACCUAGCCAAGGCAGUGAAGAUCACAGACACUUAUUAUGAGCUGUCACUGCGAACUGAUCUUUACACCAACAGACACAUGCAAUGGUUCUACUUCCGGAUUGAAAACACUCGCAGGAGGCUCGUCUAUAGAUUUUCAAUAGUAAACCUGACCAAGGCGGAGAGUCUCUACUGUGUAGGGAUGAAGCCUCUGCUCUACUCCAACAAGGACGCUCUGGCUAACGGCACCGGCUGGCGCAGGUGUGGGGACAACAUCACCUACUUCAAGAACGAACCACAGAAUGGAGAAGAGGACCAGUAUCCCAGCUUUACUUUGUCAUUCAACUUGGAGUUUCCCCAUGACAAUGACACAGUCUACCUAGCACAGUGUUACCCUUACACAUACACAGACCUGCAAGACUACCUCAUCAAACUGCAGAACCACCCGGUCAAGUCUGAGUAUAGCAAGCUGAGACUUCUCUGCCGAUCGUUAGCUGGUAACAACGUCUACUACCUCACCAUCACUGCCCCUUCUCCCAUUGAUGAACCAAAGAAAAAGCAAGCCAUCGUAAUCACGGGUAGAGUACAUCCUGGCGAGACUCCCUCCUCGUGGAUGAUGAAAGGCUUCAUGGACUUUCUCACUGGAGACACGCAGCAAGCCAAAGAACUUAGGGAGAAGUUUAUUUUCAAGCUAGUGCCAAUGCUGAACCCUGACGGUGUGAUCGUGGGUAACAACCGGUGUUCACUGACUGGCCGGGACCUGAACCGGCAAUACCGGACUGUCAUCCGGGAGACUUACCCGCCCGUGUGGCACACCAAGCUCAUGAUCCGAAGAUUGAUGGAAGAGUGUGGGAUUGCCAUGUACUGUGAUCUUCACGCUCACUCUCGUAAACAUAAUGUCUUCAUUUACGGCUGUGAGAACAAACGUUUCGCCGACAAACGUCUUCACGAGCAAGUAUUUCCCCUGAUGCUCCACAAGAAUGCAGCUGAUAAGUUUUCCUUUGAGAACUGCAAGUUCCGUAUCCAGCGCAGCAAAGAGGGCACUGGGCGCGUGGUUGUUUGGAUGAUGGGCGUCGCCAACAGCUACACGAUGGAGGCGUCGUUCGGAGGGUCGACUCUAGGUGGGCGGUCAGCGACUCACUUCACCACCCAGGACUACGAGGCCAUGGGUCGCUCCUUCUGCGAGACUCUGCUGGACUUCUGCGACGAAGACCCUAGCAAGGAGCGUCUUCGGACUAAAAUUAUCACUCGUCUGGUCAAGGAAGGCUCUAGUGCAGAUGAACCUACUAAUAUUGUGCUUUCUGAUUACUCGAGUGACGAGGGAGACACCAGCAGUUGCAGUGAAGAGGAGGGUGCGGCAGGAGUGGGGGUAGAUCGGGACUGUUGUCUAACUCCCUGUGUACCUCCCCCCUCCCCUGUACUGCCUCACCACCGGUCUGCCAAGUCAAAAAGAGACCACCUGAGUGAUGCUUCAAGGCAGGUUAGAUCAGCUGUAUCAUUGUCGCCACCUGUAACCAGAAAAAUACUACAGAUACCUCGGGCCAACCUGGAUCUACUAGAUCCGGGAGGCAGUGAUGUGUUUGAUGGUACCACAGAGCAAGACUCCGGUGAUGAUAGUCCGUCAUCGAGGCGUAGAAAUAAACAGGAUCCUUCUGGCGGAAAAGGUGCUUACAAAUCUUGUGAUAAAAUAGACAUGCCUCCAGAACUGAUAGUAACCCCUGCUCAAGUAUACGAAAUGCAAUCGCUUAGUGAUGUAGAAAAACCUCCAGGCAAAGACAGUGGGAAAGACAAACUUGAGGAGUCUCCGAGUCUGCCGAGGAAAGGUGACAACUCGUGGAGUCCAGAGAGAGCUGAGAAGGAGCGAAGGCACCAGCCUCAGAGAACUUCUCUGGCUCUGAGGUGUGAGCUGAGUCAUGAGAUACAGACAAGACUGACACUACAGCCCAGCAUCACACUGCAGCAGACUGUGUGGACAGGUGUGGAGUAUUUUAUACAGACUGUACCAAGAACAUACCUCUCAGCUGGGUAUGGUUUGUUGUCAGGUGUGAGCUGAGUCAUGAGAUACAGA